UUUUCUAGACUUAAGCCCAAGUCUUCACUCUGGCCUACUUCAGGCAAGUAGGGAGGGGCCACUGAGAGCUCUGAUGUAGGCUUGCAAGUUCCCCUCGCCUGGGUGACCUAGACAGGACUGCAGAAGUACAGUCCUACUCUUUAGCUUCCUGCUUAGAAAAUCUCCUGUCUUUGCCUUUGGGAAGUUCUCAGAACAUAAUCUCCCGCCAUCCGGUGCUCCACAACGCCCCCAGAUCCUGGGGUGGGUAGGGGCUUAGUUCUCAAACCGUGCAGAUUCAAGCGGACACCGGACACCAGGGGACUCUGGCUUCAGGAGUUGGCAGGGGAUCUGCCCCAUGCCAAGCAGGAGUUCACUGGGCUUUCCUUCCCUCCCCUGCUCCCCCUCGCUCUCUGCUGCCCGCAGGCAGCUGCCAUUCCCCGCUACUCUUGCUUCAAUGAACUCCUUCCUUACCUACACUCAUCUGACCUGGUCGAGAAUUCUUUCUCUUCAGCGUCAAGAACCCUCCCCCACCCAGGCUGAGGUUUCAUCUAGUGCGCAGGAAGGGACCUCCCCAGACGCAGCUGCCUGGCAACACCUCCACACUCGUGCAUGUGCACAUACAUGCACACGUACUCAGCCCAGAAGGCCUGUGCCUUGCCUUGGACAGAGGGAGCUGGGGAGCAGGAUGUGGGGCAGGAAUUCCCUCACUGACCAGAGCAUGUGUGAAGACCCUUGGCUGGGGGAGCGUGACCUUCAGGGAACCGCCCGUGGCCCUUGUCAUGAGCAACAAAGUGGUGAGACCUGAGGCUGGCCGGUGACAGUGACUUCAGAAGGACUGGCAUGUCAGGUGAAGGCCUCGUGCUUUUUCCUGAGAUGGAGGGUUCCCCGGAGGGUGUUAGGCAGGGCAGGGUCCAUGGCAUUUUGGGAAGCUCACUCUGGGGACUGGUGUUGUAGGCUGAGUGGUAGCCCACCCCAAAGUGUGUCCACAUUCUGAUCCCAGGAACCUGUGAACAUGACCUUAUCUGGCAAAAGGCUCUUUGCAGAUGUGAUGAAGUGAAGUACGUCGAGUUGAGAUCAUCCCGGAUCUUCCUAGUGGGCCCUAAACGCUGUGACAAGCAUCCUUAUAAGAGACAGAAGAGGAGAGACACACAGAGGAGAUGUCCAUGUGAUGACAGAGGCAGAGACGGGAGUGACGUGGCCACAAGCCAAGGACUCUGGGGCCCCCAGACGCUGGGGGCGAGGAAGAACCCUCCCCUGGAGCCACCCGAGGGAGCUUGGCUCCGCGGACACCUUGGCUUCAGACUUUUGGCCUCCAGAUGAUCUCUCAGAUCCUAACAACUCUCGGACUGGAUCAGAAGGCCCAGCGUGACUGUCACUAACUUGGGAGUCCCUUUGGUGCUCUACAACAUCUCUAAUACCUGAUGCACAAUUUCCUGCUUGUGGAAGACACAAAGGAAAGCAUUUCCUUUGAGGCACUCCGGCACACCUGGAUUCGGGUUUUACGAACACUGACAUUGAAUCACACACCUUCUGUUGGGAGCUGGCGAUGCCUCUGAGUGACCUCCGGCAAGAGUCCUGCACCCGGCUUUGGCGGUCACCUCUAGCUCUCCAGGUCCCACACCAUGCAGGACCACCAGCCCGGAGCGACACCUUAGUCCGACCACAGUGGCUCGCUGCUCAGGUCCCUGUUCGGGCGCCAGUUGUCGGCCUCCUCCCCGUCUCCGACCCGCAGAUAAAGGAGGCGACGCGAUGAGAUAUCGAAGACCUGAGUAGGCCAGCCAGGGGACUCAAGGCAUUCCAGCUCGAGUGGUGCUGGAAAGGCACCUCUCAUGUUUAUUGAUCAGGUGCCAAGCUGGGGAUGCAUUCCAUUCCCAUCGCCACUGCCUGUACCAUCUACCAUAAGUUCUUCUGCGAGAUCAGCCUGGAUGCCUAUGACCCCUACUUGGUUGCCAUGUCUUCCCUGUACUUGGCUGGCAAAGUGGAGGAGCAGCACCUGCGUACUCGGGACAUCAUCAACGUGUCCAACAGGUACUUUCACCCGGGCAGCGAACCUUUGGAGCUAGACUCCCGCUUCUGGGCACUCCGGGACAGCAUUGUACAGUGUGAGCUCCUCGUGCUGAGAGUCCUGCGUUUCCAAGUCUCCUUCCAACACCCACACAAGUACCUGCUCCACUACCUGAUUUCCCUCAAGAACUGGCUGAAUCGUUACAGCUGGCAACGGACCCCCAUCUCCGUCACUGCCUGGGCCCUGCUGCGGGACAGCUACCACGGGCAGCUGUGCCUCCGGUUCCAGGCUCAGCACAUAGCCGUGGCAGUGCUCCACCUGGCCCUGGAGGCCUAUGGGGUUGAGGUGCCCGCCGAGGCCGAGGCCGAGAAGCCGUGGUGGCAGGUGUUUAGUGACGACCUUACCAAGCCAAUCAUUGAUAACAUUGUGUCUGAUCUCAUUCAGAUUUAUACCAUGGACACAGAGAUCCCCUAAGGCCCUGGUCCAGGCCUGCCCAAAGAGAAGCCCGGGACGCUCAGCUGCCUGGGGACGGCAUCACCACAUCGCUGUGAUGGCUGGUCCCCAGAGGACUGGCUGGGAGGACUGGUUUUGUGCUGCUGGAUACGGCUGGUAAAGGCGAUGACAUGCUGCCACUUUGAUUGUCAUGCUUUGACUGUCCCCGGCAGCCGUGGUCCAGACGGUGACGGGAGCUGUGCCUCCAGCGGGCAGGCCAGGAGUGCGCCAUGGGGUGGCCCCAGGCGUCCAUGUCUGCUUUUGUUCUUUGAGAGGAUUCCGACUGAAAUCGAGGCGUGACUUCAUGGGAAGGAAAAUCAAAUGGAUGGGACUGUACCCCUGGGGAUUUUUUUAAAAGCCAGAUUUAUAGAAAGUAUGAAUUAUGCAACAUAGAUGGGAUUUUAUUUUGUGUAAUAAAAGAUGAUACAAAUCAA